CAGGUUGAGGGUCCCCCUUGGCCCUGUCCUCUCCCCUUGCCCUGGGUCUAGGCGGGUCCAGGGGGAGCGAGAGACAGGGGUUGGAGAAGUCAAGCCCUCCAGCCUGGAUCCCAGGAGGGCGGGCCUGGGAGAGGGGCCCUUGCUAACAGCCGCCCGCCGGCCCCCUGCCCCUGGCAGCCUAGGCGAGGACUUCUACCGCGAGGCCAUUGAGCACUGCCGCAGCUACAACGCGCGCCUGUGCGCCGAGCGCAGCUUGCGCCUGCCCUUCCUCGACUCCCAGACUGGCGUGGCCCAGAACAACUGCUACAUCUGGAUGGAGAAGACCCACCGAGGGCCCGGUCUGGCCCCUGGACAGAUCUACACGUACCCCGCCCGCUGUUGGAGGAAGAAACGGAGGCUCAAUAUUCUGGAAGACCCCCGACUCAGGCCCUGCGAAUACAAGAUCGAUUGUGAGGCGCCCCUGAAGAAGGAGGGUGGGCUCCCAGAAGGGCCGGUCCUCGAGGCCCUGCUGUGUGCUGAGACGGGGGAGAAGAAGAUUGAGCUUAAGGAGGAGGAGGCCAUCAUGGAUGGUCAGAAACAGCAGCUGCUGGAGUUCCCUCAUGACCUGGAGGUGGAAGACUUGGAGGACGACAUUCCCAGGAGGAAAAACAGAGCCAAAGGAAAGGCCUAUGGCAUUGGGGGCCUCCGGAAACGCCAGGACACCGCUUCCCUGGAGGACCGAGACAAGCCGUACGUCUGUGAUAUCUGUGGGAAGCGAUAUAAGAACCGGCCGGGCCUCAGCUACCACUACACCCACACCCACCUGGCCGAGGAGGAGGGGGAGGAGAACGCCGAGCGCCACGCCCUGCCCUUCCACCGGAAAAACAACCAUAAACAGUUUUACAAAGAAUUGGCUUGGGUCCCAGAGGCACAGAGGAAACACACAGCCAAGAAGGCCCCUGACGGCACCGUCAUCCCCAACGGGUACUGUGACUUCUGCCUGGGCGGCUCCAAGAAGACAGGCUGCCCGGAGGACCUCAUCUCUUGUGCUGACUGCGGCCGUUCAGGACACCCCUCGUGUUUACAGUUCACGGUGAACAUGACGGCGGCCGUGCGGACCUACCGCUGGCAGUGUAUCGAGUGCAAGUCCUGCAGCCUAUGCGGCACCUCGGAGAACGACGACCAGUUGCUGUUUUGUGAUGACUGCGAUCGGGGUUACCAUAUGUACUGCCUGAGCCCCCCCAUGGCGGAGCCCCCUGAAGGGAGCUGGAGUUGUCACCUGUGUCUUCGGCACCUGAAAGAGAAGGCCUCUGCGUACAUCACUCUCACCUAAGCCUGGCCCUGCUCACCUGGACUGCCACCGGCCUUUCCAAGUCCUCUCCUCUCGCCCACCCCUUGGGCUGUGGUAGAUGCCCGGACAGGAGAGGCCCAAGAGGGCUCUGGGCCACCCCUGCCCUCUCUGAGCAAGCAGGGCAUUCGCUCCCUUCCUCUGCCCUUCCCCAUCCCUUGGCAAAACGGGCACCAGGAGCUCUGCUCCCAUCAAAGCCAUAUCCCGCCUCUGGGCGGACACAGAGGAGCGGAUGCCAGCCGGGGACGUGGACGGAGCCUUUUUCUAAAGAAAAAGACAAAAAGUUAAAAAGAGAAACUAAUAUAUACAAAGAGUCCUAUCAGGCCUGCUGGGUGGAGGGGCAGUGCUGGGAGCCACGGGCGUCAGUCCAUGCCAACCUCCUGCCUGCCCACCCCCCCACCCCGGACCCCCCCCAGUCCCCUUUCUGGAGUUGCAGCUGGUACAGCAGCAUCCCCACCGCCCACCAAAGGUGAGCACCAUGGCCCUGUGCUCAGGUGGGUGGGCACAGUGCCCACAGUGGAUACUGCAUGACGUGAACCAUGGUUUUGAACUGCCCCUGCCCCCUCAACCCCUCUCCUUCGCCCACCCCC